AUGAAACGUGUCAUGAAGCAAGUAAUAGAGAAUGAAGAACAGUCUUUCACUAUUUCUUGGCAACAAUUUCGAAAAAACUACGCAGAGCUUGAUUCUCUCACAGAGAAUGGUCUACCACAGCAAAUUCAUCUAUCAUUACUUGCCGAUGGCAGUUGGUCUAAUAUGAUUGUCGUCUGGAUCGUCAAGGAUAGUGAGAAAAAACAUCAACCGCCUUCGUUCGUACGAUAUGGAAAUGUUAGCGGUAGCUAUGUCUAUGAACAGGCGGCAAAAAACAGGACUUAUAAUGUGGGUAUUGAAGGAUGGAAGGGAACGAUCUAUGAAGCUUGGAUGACCAAUUUAAAUCAAUGUCAAACAUAUUAUUACAAGGUUGGAAAUUCUAAAGCAUGGUCAAGAGAAAUCAGUUUUAAAACAGAUUGUCCUACCAUCACGAAACAUACAUUCGCUGUCAUGGGUGAUAUGGGUACUGUCAUUCCAGCUGGUUUUCUUGUAGCUAAACAGAUCAAAGAAGAUCAUAAAGUCACGCCAUUUUCGGCUGUUGUGCAUGCGGGUGAUAUCAGUUAUGCUGGUACAGGUGCACACGAUGAGAUUUCAGAAGUUUGGGACUUAUGGGGAGCGCAAGUAGAGCCUAUCUCAUCUAUAGUACCAUACAUGAUAAAUGUGGGCAAUCAUGAAGCCUAUUACAAUUUUACAGUCUAUCGGAAUCGAUUCCGUAUGCCAGGUCCUGAAAGUGGUGGUCUCGACAAUUUCUGGUUUAGCUUCAAUACUGGACCCAUUCAUUGGGUCUCGAUGAGCUCACAGCAAAAUAAUUCAUCAGAAACCAAUAUGAGUCUUAUGAACAUCGAAACGUCGCCAAAUACUACGACGCUGAUUAAUACUGAAAAACCGACAACCAGUGUAACUCUAAUGAAUACAAAAAUGUCAAUGGCCUCCUCUUUAGCUACAAAAUACAUGUCAAUGGGUGUUCGUGAUCGUCGACAUAGAGAUGAAACAGAAGCAGAGAGAACAUUUCGGAAUAUUAUCAAAGAUUGCCAUAAAAAUAAAACAAACUUUGUCGACAAUCAAUUUCCUCGUUCAUCAAGUUCUUUAGGUGAUAGAUUUUCGCAUGAUGUCUUCCAAUGGUUUCGCAUUGCAGAUAUUCGUUCAUCUUCUAAGGAUGAUGAUCAACUUGAGUGGACAGUCAUGUCAUCACCAAAACCAAGCGAUAUUGAACAAGGUCUCUUAGGAAAUUGUUGGCUUAUUGCUGCAUUAUCUCUUAUCGUUGAAAGACCAGGCAUACUUCGACAUAUUCUUCUCACACAAAAUGUGAAUUCUGAAGGAAUUUACCUCGUUCGUCUAUGUCAUAAUGGUUUAUGGACAACAAUUAUUGUUGAUGAUUUUUUUCCAUGUUAUGAAGACGGUACGCUUCUUUUCACCAAGGCUCGACGUCGACAACUAUUUAUUCCAAUUAUUGAAAAAGCAUGUGCUAAACUUUUUGGUUCUUAUUCGAAUUUAACAAGUGGUCAAAUGGCCGAAGCUCUUAAAUUAUUUACUGGUGCACCAUGUGAUUAUAUUCAUCUCGAUCGUUCGGAUGAACCAAUCGAUAGUGAUAUUGUUUGGGCAAAACUCGUAUCUUGUUGUCAAGCAAAGGAUGAACAUAUUACUCCCAAAGUUCUUACUCAAUUACGUACUAUAAAUAAUGCACAUCGCUCGACGGGAGCUUUUUGGAUUGAGUGGACGAAAUUUCUUCGUUUUUUCUCAAAAUUAACAAUUUCAACAUAUGUUAACAACUACUUUGAUAUACGUGAACAGGCUAAAUUUACUCGAUUACCAACGGAUCCUAUUACCGUCUUUUAUUUUCAUGUACCACAUCAACGCGAACUAUGUACCUAUUGGAGUGGAUCAUUACGACCAGGUAUAUAUUAUAUCAUACCAUUUUCAACCAGUUUCUGGCAUCAACAUGAACAAACAGAAGAAUUAAAUGGUUUUACAUUGGUCAUACAUUCCAGUGUUCAAAUAGAGGGACUACUUGGCAAUGAAAAAUCAACAUUUCUUGCUGAUUCUCUCAUUGCAUAUGUGAUGAAAAGUUGUGAAAAACCACAAGAAUUCGAUAAUACAACUUUUUAUACUACACCGAAGAAUCAGAAGUUGACGAUAAUGGUUAUUGAGAAUCUAUCAACGACAUAUCAUCUCAACGUCGAUGUAGACAUGAGUGAAUCAAGAAAUAUUCGUCACUCUCGAAAUUCAUUUGUCACACAUGAUUGUAUUCCACCACAACAUCGUCAAAUAAUCUGUAUCACAGAGUGGAUAAUGCAGCCUGGACAAUCUGGUAGACAAUCAUUUAAGUACUCCCGACAGCUUGUUAAGAAUCAAAGUGAAUCAAUACCACCAGUUCGUGACACUACAGAUGACAUACAUACAUUACGACCAAUAUAA